GAUUAGGCUAUUUAUAAAUAGGUUAUUUAAUUAUAUUUAUUUAUAUUAUUAUUAUUUAUUCCUAUUAGAACUGAACACAGUAUUUAUUAGCAAGCAGCAUUUAUUUGAAUAAUAGUUAUAACAAAAUAAUCGGUAAAUAAUUGUUAAAUUAAUGGCUUUUUAUGGCAGAUCUCAUGCCUUACGGCCUUUAAUAGCAAAUCAAUUGAAAUAUAAUUUACUCUCAAAUGAGAAGAACUUCACUAAAAAUGUAUUGAAAAGUAUUCUUCGAAGGAAUUCUUCGAACAUAAAGCUAUCGGAUCUGUCGGACAGAUAUAAGACUCAGUUUAACGUGGUUCAUACGGCCAGCUCUGUUGAGCCACACUUUGUCUUCGCCAACAAUGAACUCGAUUUGUCGGACAUCGAGGUCUAUGGUUUCGAUUACGACUACACUCUCGCUGUCUAUAAGGAAUCUCUUAUGUAUUUGAUCUAUGAUUUGGGCCGAAAAGUGUUGAUCGAUAAGUACAAAUAUCCGAAAGAUAUUCUGAAACUCGAUUACAUCCCAGACUUCGCGAUUAGAGGAUUGCAUUUCGACAUCGAGAAUGGACUAUUAAUGAAAAUAGAUUCCUUCCAUCAAAUCCAAUUGGGAAGUGUUUACAGAGGGCUCACACCUAUCGAUGACAACGAAGUUCUUAAUCUAUAUAAUGGCAAUUAUGUGCCACAAAAGCUAAUUAGAUCUAAAGCUGGUGGUGAGCAAUUACCAAUGAAACAACUGAACGAUCUGUUCAGUGUCCCAGAGAUCUGUUUGCUGUCCAAUGUGACCGAAUAUUUCAUUAAGAAUAACAUCCCAUACCAUCCGGAAAUACUCUUCAAUGACACACAGGUACUGACGGAUGAUGUGCUCAGACAAUGAGUUCAUAAGAUGAUUGACGACAAUCUUAUGCCGAAAUAUCUCGAGAAAAAUAAUUCUCUCAAUACUUUUCUCAAUAGACUUAAGGAAAAUAACAAGAAAAUGUUCUUGAUUACCAACAGUCCCUUCAAAUUUGUUGAUUGUGGGAUGAGAUAUAUGAUGGGAAAGGAUUGGAACCAAUUGUUUGACGUGAUUAUAGUGAAGGCAGGAAAACCUAAAUUCUUUAAUUUGAAGCGAAGACCAUUCAGACACUAUGACAAAGAGAGUGAUAGUCAGAACUGGACCAAAGUGUCGAGUCUGGAGAGGGGCAACAUUUAUAUGGAGGGAACUGUCUAUCAGUUGCUU